GGAUCAAGUCCGUUGUAAUACAACACCAGGGAAUGGUACGAAAUAUAUAUCGCAAACAAGAGCAUCAGUUUCUGGACACUGUUCCGCGGCCUGCAUCACCUCCUUACAGCAAUGGAGUUCCGUGGACCGACAUCGAUGAGCGAGCAAUUCCUGUGCCCAACACAAGAUAUAACUUAGCAUGGGCUAAACAUUCCUGUCAUCCGCCGAUUCCUUUAUUCCCUUCACCGCUCUCUACCUGUCUUUCUAUCCAGACCGCCAGUGCAAACUCCCUAUCGCUCUCCAACACUCUCCGCGGCACAUGAGUGGCCCCAAGGUACCUUUCCAAGAGACAUGGCAGCGCUGGAGUACACGCGCAACCUCACAGCUAGCGCCCAUCAAGGAGAAGCUGAGGAACACGGCGACGCAGGUUGCCGGUAUCGCGGAGACCAUGCAAGAACUGGAGGAUGACAGUCAACAACUGGCGUUGAAAGUAACCUGGGUGACUCAAAUCAUACUGGACCGUAUCGCGCCUGACGGCCCAGGAGACGAGAGGGCGAAAGAGGUGGUUUCAGCACUUGCUGCCAAAGUGUCUGAGAUUAGCGCGUUUCUUCGUUCGGGUACGAAGAAGGGUGAUAUCACGGGCAAGAGAGCACGAAAGAUCAGCAAGUAUCAUAAAACCCUCGAUGCUCUCCGGCUCCAGUGUGUGGAGAUUCAUACGGAUGUGUCAAACGAUAUGGCUGGGCGAUCGCUCGGCCAACAAGGGCCUUUCUUGAUCGACAUCCCCCCCACGCCGGAGGCAUUUUACAGCAGAGACGAAGUGGUCGAAUCAAUCGUCCAGCUGCUGCUCCAGGAUAAACUGUGCCGGGUGCCUAUACUUGGCCCAGGAGGAAUCGGGAAGACAUCGGUUGCGGCUGCAGCGAUGAACGAUGAGCAAGUUAAGGAGCGAUACAGAGAGCAUAUCUUCUUCCUGAGCUGCGAAGGCAUCGAUUCGGAGGAAGGCCUGGUGAAUGCGCUAGCAGUUUUUUUCCGAGUCCAACGCGACUCCAACACCCGCACGGCCCUGAUCGCACACCUCUCUUCGCUCGGCCGCGCCCUUCUCACUCUGGACAAUUUCGAGACGACAGCGCAGUCAGAUAGGCAACACAUCCGUGAAUUGCUAGGCCGAAUCGGCCGCGUUCCCUCAUUUUCGUUGAUCAUCACCAUGAGAGGUACCCAACCUGCCCAGGGGCUUACAUGGGAUGACGUUCCGCCUCUUCAGAACUCGCAUUUUUCAGUGGCCACGGGAUAUGGCGACUGUGGACCGCUGCUUAAAACCAGCAUUGCGACGUUGCGAGGGUCGAGAAGCACGGGAGGCAGCGAUAGCUUGAGCAACAGUGAGGACACGGAUUCUGUGUACCGUAUUGGGGAUGAAGAAAGGGACAUCGCAGAAUGUUUGAAAACGCUGGGAAACGUCCUGAUAAAACAGUUUCGAUACGAAGAGGCGGCGGCGAUGGUAACAGAAGCGAGGGCGGUGUUCGAGGCGAUCCCGUAUCGUCUCGGUGUGGCGCAGUGCAUGCGCAGUCACGGCGAAAUACUUCGCGUGCAGUCUCGGUACGACGAGGUAGCCGCUCCGUUCACGGAAGCGAGGGCAGCGUUCGAGGUCAUCCCAAACCGUCUCGGUGCCGCGCAGUGUGUGCGGGAUCUCGGCGACCUCCUUCGCUUGCAGUCUCGGUACGACGAGGCAGCCGCUCUGCUUACGGAAGCGAGGGCGGCGUUCGAGGCCAUCCCAAACCGUCUCGGUGCCGCGCAAUGUGCGCAUCUUCUCGCGCACAUCCUUAAUAUGCAGUCCCAGCACGAGGAGGCAGCGGUUCUGGCUACGGAAGCGAGGGCGGCGUUCGAGGCCAUCCCAAACCGUCUCGGUGCCGCGGAAUGCGUGCGGGAUCUCGGCGACAUCCUUCGCAUGCAGUCUCGGCAUGACGAGGCAGCCUCUCUGCUCACGGAAGCGAGGGCAGCGUUCGCGGCCCUUCCACAUCGUCUGGGUGCCGCGCAUUGUACGCAGCUUCUCGGUGAGAGCAUGCGAAUGCAGUCCCAGUAUGAGGAGGCAACCUCUCUGCUUACAGAAGCGAGGGCAGUGUUUCAGGCUGUUCCACAGCAUUUCAGUGCUGCUGUAUGUAUCCUCGGUCUCGGUAAUAUCCUCGUCGAUCAGUCCCAGUGCACUGAAGCCCUGAGUAUGCUACGAGAAGCUGAGAAGAUAUUCGAAGAUUCUGGGACGAAAUGGGAGUUGGCAGACUGUAAGCAGUCCCUUGCAUAUCUUUUCGUGAAGCAGGGUAGGAUAUCGAUGGCUAGACACAUGCUCGAUGAAGCGAGGGAGAUAUUUGAGGCUAAGUAUUGGGGUUCGUUCCAGGGCGGCAGAGUGCAUUGCGGCACUGUCGGAGUUAGACAGAGACGGCGAGACGGCGAGUGA